AUGAAAAAUAUUAAAUUUUCUUAAGAUUACACUACUGAUAGCUUGGGAAUUUCCAGAACAACAUUAUCAAAGACCCAAAUAUCUCUAAAUAAAGCUCUAAAUUUAAAAGAAUUACGUCAACCUUAAACAGACAGAACAGAGAGUAAUCAUCAAACUCCUCUUGCUCAUUUACCUGAAUUGAAGAUGAAACAAACCAAAUCUUAAAGGAAGAUAGGAUAACGCCUUACGAAAAAAUGUACUAGAUAAAGUGAUUUCUUUAACGUUUAUAAGGCUCCUGAAACCUUAUAGACUAAUUCUGAUACCCUCAAAAAAUAAUCUCGGAUCUACAAAAUGACCUAAUAUAUCAUUCAAUAAUAUAAUGAAGACCUUAAAGCCAUUAGAGAUAGCUAAGACUACGAUGAGGCUACUGCUGAUCUGAAAGUAUCAAGGUACUUAACAGAAGCAUGGCUAAGCAUAGAAUAACUUAUAUAAAAUUUAACUGGCUUACUAGCCUAUAAAUUUAAUAGAUAAGAGUGCGAAUAAUAAAUGAAAGAGAUACUACUCGAUUGUUUUAAAUAAAAGAACAUUUGCGUACAUCAACGAAUUCUUUACAUUUUUGGAAAAAUAGAAUAAUUAUUUUAUAACCCUAUAUAAGGAGCCAUUUAUUUCAAAAUCUGUAAAAGAUUGUCAGAUACUGAUGCUCAUUACAGUAAUAAAAUGAAGGCCUACAGAGGUUUGGGUGAAUGUCUACUGAGAAUCUAUCCAAAACUAAGUCAAUUGUACUUCACUAAAUAUUUGAUGGCAGCUUGGAAACUCAAACAAAAGAAUGAUGAAUUGCUUGCCUAUGAAUUGUUAGGAAAGUACUAUUUUUAUGUUGGAUAAAUCGAAAAAGCAAAACUUUUUCAUGAAAGAAUGAUUAAUGGCAAUUGUGAGGAUGAAAAUUCAAGAGUCCGAUUGCUAGCCUUGAGUCGAUUGGAAUAAGGGAGUCUAUCAAAUAAAAUAAACAAAGACCAUCUAAUUGUCGAUAUAGAAUAGGUAUCUUCUGAUGAUGAAUGCUAUGAAAUUGUAUUUCCUUAAAAGUCAGACAAUAUUCAGCAGAAAUAUUAUGUUGAAAAAUACUUUCAAAAGAAAAUACCAGACAUUAAGAUAAUUAAGGAUGAAGCAAACUUAAAUAUUCGAUAAACUGAAAGGAAAUACAAUUCUUAAUUUCUCGUUAAUGAAAAUUUUGAACCGUUCAGAGUCAUUGUUUCUAAUCCUCAUCAAAGCAUAGGUUCAAUUAAGGAUAAAGUUUUGAUGAGCCAUAUGACACCUAAUAGAAAAUUGGAAAUGUACUAAUACAUAGCUUUGGCCAGUGAUAAGACUGGGUUUAAUAACUCCCCAAGAUAUGAAGGCCUAUAUAAUAAGUAUGAAGGGAUCAAAUUUAAUAAAAUUAUAAACAGAACUAUUGAAUAAUUCAAUAAUAUCCAAUAAUGGAUAGUUUCUUAGGAAAAGACUCCUACCUUACCCUAACCACCAAUAAGACGAAAGGGCUACUUUUUAGUCUGA